UAUAAGGAACCAGCUGUGUUUUGCUGAUGAAGCCCGCAGUUUCCACUCUUAAAUGUUGUCUAUUAAUGUUGUAGAAUAGCCAGUCCCGUAAUAAGCGUAGUCAUUCAACUUAUUCAGAGCUCCAGUUUUUAAAAUGGGGGACAAUAAGCAACAACAGACUCGAACCAAACGAAUUUUUGUCAACGACGUCGACGGAUAUUCCUCCAAACACAUCGCAAAGUUUUUAUCAACAUGCGUAGAGGGAGAGAGCAGCGAGGAGGCCGAGGGGACGGUGGCCUCCCCCGGAUACGGAGCUGCCUUCCAGGUCGUAGGAACUGUGAGCUCUGCCUCCAGAGAGAAGUCAGACUUUCUUCUGGAACAGUACACGUCCCCAACCAGAGACAGGCUUCUUCAGUGCCUGCUAGCGUGUGAUGUGGUGGUGUACAACAUCUCAGAAAGUGCGACACAACAGCAGGUUGAAGAAGCAACAUGGGCACUCAAAGCUCUCCAUAAUGAGAUGGAAAACUUCAAAUCUCGGAAAAUAUUCAUCUUAGUCUCCACUGUAAUGACGUGGGCCAUGACCAAACCUCGCAAUCAGGAUGAAACAGAUGUUCUGAUAACAGAGGGAGAGUUCAGAAGAAGAAGGCCUCACCCCAGGUUCAGAAACCACAAUGAUCUGGAAAAACUUGUGCUCACAUUGGCAAAAGGGAAAAAGUCCAAACUUAUUGGUUAUGUAGUAGCCAGUGGUCUCCAGUAUGGAAAAGGGGAAAACCUCUUUCACUACUUUUUCAAGAUUUCCUGGUUGAUGCAGUUUCCAAAAGUUCCUUUAUUUGGAGAGGGCACAAAUCAUGUUCCCAUGAUUCACGUUUAUGAUCUUGGAGGAGUGAUCCAAAACAUCAUUGAACUCAAGCCAAAGUCUAAGUACAUCCUUGCUGUUGAUGAUUCCAAGUACACUUUAGAGGAUAUUAUAAAGAAAAUAAGCUAUGUGCUUGGGCCAGAAGAAAUUGAAAAAUUACCAGUGCAGGAGGCCAUCAACAUGAAGGUGUUUAAGCCAGAGGAACUGGAGUGCCUCAGCAUUGACCUCAGUCUCGAUGCUUUCAUCAUAAAAGACUCCUUCAACCUGAACUGGAUAUCUGAAGCUGGGAUGGUUGAAAACAUGGAGAACAUUGUGGAGGAUUACAAAGAAACCAGACAACUGCUUCCAAUUAGAAUCUUCCUGGUUGGACCUCCAGCUGUGGGGAAAUCCAGUGUUGCACAGAAGCUCUGCCAUCAUUACAAAAUACACCACAUCAACAUCAAAGACAUCAUUGAAGAGAAGAUUACACAGCUGAAGGAGAUGGUGAACAGAGCUGACCAUGUAGAUGUCAUUGAGGAGGUAGCAGCAGCUGCACAGAAACAGCUGGAAAAUAUUAACAAAAGCAUGGAAGCAAAUGAAGGUCGGCUGGCUGACCAUCUAGUUUUUGACAUUUUGCAAGAAAAACUGAGCUCAAAACCCUGUAGGAAUCAAGGAUUUGUACUUGAUGGCUUCCCUAAGACAUAUGAGCAAGCAAAGCUGAUUUUCUCUGAUGAGGAUUUGGAGAGCCAGGAUCCAAUGUCUAAAAGACCAGUGUGCAACAAGAGGAUCACUCCAGAGCAUGUUUUGGCCCUAAAUGCAUCAGAUUAUUUCUUGACAAAGAGGGUGCAAGGACUUCAAGAAAGUGUGGCAGAGCAAAUGCGCUACACUAACGAUGAGUUUGUGCCUCGCCUGAUGAGAUACAGACAGCUUAGUGGUGCUGAGGAAACAUUACUGGACUACUUCGAUCAGCUUGAGAUUCAUCCUGAACAUAUUGAGGUCAGUACAGAUGAUCCAGACUACACAGACAUCAUGAAGAAGAUCACAGAGAUGGUGGGGGUUCCCAGGAAUUUUGGUUUGAGUCCAGAAGAGCAGGAUGAGGAAUACCGAAAGAAAGAAGAAGAGCGGAAACAGAAACUGGCUGCAGAGGCUGCUGAGAGGAAACGCCAGAAGGAAGCUGCACUGGCUGAGAUGGUUGUUCAGUAUGAGGAGUGGCAAAAGAAUUUGUCAGAGGUGAAGCGUCAGGAGUACAGGAUGCUGGAAGCUCGCUGUCUCCCUCUGAGGAACUACCUGAUGAAGUAUGUGAUGCCCUCUCUCACUGAGGCCAUGUUGGAGUGCUGCAAGAUCAAACCAGAGGACUCUGUUGACUUUCUGGCUGAACAUCUUUUACGAAGCAGUCAACAAGAAUAAUUAUCAGUCUAAUGAGGAUGUGACCUAACCCCCAUCUUAAGAUUUGGAGGCAGCUUAUUCUACAGUAAACAACUAAGCCAAAAAAAAAAUAAAAAGUCAUCAAAAUUGA